AUGAGUACGUACGCCCACUCAUAUGGCAAUGCAUCCACCUCGCCCAGCGCCGUUGCUGGCAGUCUCCCCGGUAGUCUCAGCGAACACCCCGAGUCGGCAAUGUCAGCCGGCAUCUCGCCGACCCACAUGUCGGCAUCGAGCCUCUCAGCGCAAAAGAGGGCGUAUCGGCAAAGAAGAAAAGAUCCGAGCUGCGACGCUUGCCGAGAACGCAAGGUCAAGUGUGAUGCAACGGAGACCUCCAGCUGCUCGGAAUGCUCAAGCAGGAGCGUGAAGUGCCAGUUCACCAAGGAGACGAACCGGCGAAUGUCGUCGAUUAAGCAGGUGCAAGACCUUCAAAGCCAAUUGGCAGACGCGAGACAUCAAAUCAACCAACUACGCUCCAUGCUGCACAACGGCGGCGCCAUGGACAUUGACCGGCAGAGCAUGGAUGUCCCGACCCUGAAUCUACCCGAGAUAGUCCCUAGCCCAGAGCGCAGACACGGCCCUCCUCAGAUGGGUAACUUCGACCAUGUCCGCAAAAACAUCAGAAUCUACGGCCGUGGCAUAUUCAAGGCCCCUCCUCCUUACCGUCAGAUUGCUCCGCCCCCGUUGUAUCCCUCCAGCAACGUGGCCUUGCCCCCGAGGCAGCUCGCGGACAAGCUCUUGGCGCAAUACCACAAAUCUGUACAUUUUUAUGCGCCACUGGUUCAUUGGCCUACUUUCCAGACCGAGGUCGACAAAGUGUACACUGCCGGCACCCUCCAGGGAGUUCCCCAAAUAUGGGUUUCGCUAUUUCAUGCGAUUCUGGCGAACGGGACUCUCCAAACCGCAGAAGGCGACGCCGGGAGACCUGAAAAGGAAGGCAGUACCUAUGUGGACAUUGCAGCUCGCAGCAUCAACAUUUGGUCGGAUGACCUAACCGUGGACCAUGCCAGGACGACUUUACUCAUCAGCACCUACAUCUUUGAGGUCAGUUUGACCUCAGCAGCCUGGGUCUGGCUGGGGUCUGCCGUUAGAAUCGCGCAAGAUCUUGGGUUGCAUUGUGAGUCGGGGCCAUGGCCUGUGAUUGAGGGAGAAAUGCGCAGAAGGGUCUGGUGGGCAAUCUAUUCAUGGGAUAGACUCAUGUCACUCGAGGUUGGGAGGCCGUGCCUCAUUGAUGACGAUGAUUGCGAAGUCGGCUGGCCUUGUCCGGUAGACGACCGCUUCAUCCAGCCGCACGGCAUCAACAGACCACCGCCUGGUCAUCCCGCGGCGGCUCAUCUCGGAACAAACGUAUCCACCAUCGUCCCUGUCGUGCGCUUUAUACUACAGUUGAAAAGGACACUUAAAGCCCGCACGGUCGCACCCGGGACGCUCCAAACGUACGACGACUAUUUUCGCUCGAUAAUGUCAUCGUUUCCGGAAUCGCACCAGUCCACCUCGGAAAGCUACCUCGACCCGGCGCUGUUGCUAUCCGUCUUCACGCUGCAAAUAGCGCGUUUCCACCUGUGCAGGCACAACCUCUCCAGCGCUUGUCAUCACAUUGAGCGGGUAGACGCCUUGAACCGCUGUUUUGCUGUGGCACAGGAUACGGUCAAAUACAUCUCCAGGACCAUGCUGUCGCCUACCCAACUCCACGAACAAGCGGGUGAUCCGGCCAGUUUCAGGGGUGACACAUGGCAGGCCCGCAUUACAUGCACAACGGAGCGUAUGCUGUGUACGCAUCUGUGGCGCUGCAUCCUCGUCCUUUGUUUCCGCGGCGAUUAUACGGGCGCCCUAACUUGCGUACGUGUCAAUGCCGCCAUUGGAUCCCUGAGGAAAGUCAAUAUGGCGUGCGGCCGUAAUCUUGCUUUCUUUCUGGACCGUUUAACAGAGCGUGUUCAGAGUGGAAACGGCACGCAAGGUCUGCUGGAGAUGGAUGAGGAAAUGCUAGCGUACGUAAGCGGCGAUCUCCAGGGCUGCACAGAAAACUCUUGGGUUUGGGCUGGCAGCGAAACGGGCAUCAAGCUCAAUACGUCUACAGCUGCUCCCCCGCCAUUUGCUACACAUGGUGCCUCACAGCAGGAGAACGGGGAAACCUUUGAUGAGGGCCCUGCACCGAGAAUGAACUGGUUGCUCACGGACACGGAGAACCGAGAGUGGGGGGGCUGGGAACGUGUCGAGAGAAUGAUUGGACUGCUCAUAGAGGAACAGAGAAGGAGCCAUGCUCAGCAGCCAUCCUAUUACCACCAGUCACCGGCAAAUCCAGUCAAGAGGUUGCAUCUCGCGCCGGAAGCGGUUGCGCCCAUCCAGCCACCAGCAGUGGUGCCGCCAGCGCAACCCCAUGGAUCUUCAGUAAGUACAGGAGGAAGUACCUCGAGAAUCAGCAUUGCGAAUAUUAUAUAG